CCCGAGUGAGGCAUGUAUUUGUUUUGAAGUGUCCGUGUUUAUCGGUCUUCUUCAUCAGUGAUUAAACGCGGCGACCAAAUCAUGUGGAAGCUGCUGUGGGCGGCCGUUCUAGUGGCCGUGCUUUCCACGUGUCAUGCAGAAGAAAACCAUGAGAAAAGCAAACGUGCUAUAGAAAACAGCCCCCAGUCCCAAGGCUACUAUUACGAAAAACCAUCUAAGCCUUUCACUUUACCUCCUUCUCCAUCACGUACGAGCAUAGUGACACUACCACCUACGGAGAUCACAAGAACUACGGUGACAUUGCCACCCAGAACACCACCUCCACCUUCGCGAACUCCACCACCGACGCCAAGAACGCGUCCACCAAUAACACUGCCACCGAGAACACCACCACCAUAUACUCCACCACCAUAUACUCCACCACCAAGAACGCCACCACCAUAUACUCCUCCCCCGCAAACUCCACCACCAAGAACGCCACCCCCAUAUACUCCUCCCCCGCAAACUCCACCACCAAGAACGCCACCACCAUAUACUCGACCUCCAUUCUCGACGACAACUAGGAUUCCAAUCACUCGACCAUCUAUUGCUACAACACGACCCACCAUAAGGUAUACUCAGACAACACCACCACCAUUAAGAACAACAGCAAUAACCGGAGGAUAUGUUUAUACAAUUCCACAAACACCGUUUACAUUGCCACCAAGAACGCCGCCAACACGUACACCGCCUCCGCAAACUCCACCACCAUAUACUCCACCUCCGCGAACUCCACCACCAAGAACGCCUCCACCAAGAACACCGCCACCGAGAACGCCACCACCAUAUACCCCUCCCCCGCAAACUCCACCUCCAAGAACUCCUCCACCAAGAACGCCACCACCAUAUACUCCUCCCCCGCGAACUCCACCACCAUAUACUCGACCUCCGCAAACUCCACCACCAAGAACACCGCCACCAAGUACUCUUCCACCAAGAACGCCACCACCAUAUACUCCACCUCCUCAAACUCCACCACCAAAAACUCCUCCACCAAGAACUCCUCCAUCAAGAACGCCACCACCAUAUACUCCACCUCCGCAAACUCCGCCACCAAGAACACCGCCACCAAGAACGCCUCCACCGAGUACAGGAUAUAUCUACAGUACACCGUCAACAAUUUUUACGUAUCCACCACCUGUGACUAGAAAGCCAUCACCCCCUCUACCUCCGCCUGUAACUCCUCCUUCUCCACCUCCACCUCCAACUAGACCUCCCUAUGUACCACCAUCUCCGCCUCCAACUAGACCUCCGCCACCACCCCCAACUAGACCGCCAUAUGUACCACCAUCUCCGCCUCCUACUAGACCUCCGCCACCACCCCCAACUAGACCGCCCUAUGUACCACCAUCUCCGCCGCCUACUAGACCUCCACCACCACCCCCAACUAGACCACCAUAUGUACCACCAUCUCCGCCGCCUACUAGACCUCCACCACCACCCCCAACUAGACCUCCGUAUUUACCACCACCGGUUCCAACUAUACCUCCCUCUAUAGCGCCUCCUUCUCCAACUCUACCACCUUAUGUACCACCAUCUUUGCCUCCUACUAGACCUCCACCACCCCCAACUAGACCUCCCUAUGUGCCACCUACUCAACCCCCUGCACGAACUCCCGCAACUUAUCUGCCACCAGACGAAAGCCGUACUGCGAUUGUAUCGAUUCCAACCACUCGACGACCUACCGUCACAACCACUCGACCAUCUACUACUACAACGCGAACGACUACUCGGACACCUACAACUUCAACACGAUUCACCACCACGAAAUAUACAACGCGACCCAGUUACCUUCCACCGGAAACUACUCCGUCCACUACGAAACUCACCACACCAUCAACCAGACGACCUACUACACGACCUUCCACGCAAUUUACUACGCAACCCACCACACCUACGAGACCUUUUACACGAGCCACUACUUCCCUUCCACCAGUCACUACACAAACGGUGUAUACCAGUAAAUCCACGCCUUCCACUACCAAAUAUAUAACGCCUCCAACUAUUCCGUACACGCCAUCCUCCACACCGGGAACCUAUUUGCCACCGACAAUCACACCACGUACACCCACUACCUCAACCACUAUCAAGUAUACUCCAACGUAUCUGCCACCCUCGGAGAAAACUCGAAGACCACCACCAUAUCUUCCACCGUCAACUCCAAGAUCAACCUACGCCACUGUGACGGCGCCGCCGCCACCUACAGUAAUUUAUACUGUCGUACCCACUAUAUCGACCACUUAUAAAGUGCCGACGAGCGUAUAUACAUUGCCACCCCCAACUCUGCCACCUACGACACCCAGAACCACUCUAGGCUACUACUAUCCGAUUCCUGACAUCCCCUUCGAAACCCGAUGAGAGCCAAUAACACGAGAGGCUUGGCGCGUGUUAACUAAGCAGCAAAAUCGCGAAUCUUAAAUAUUAGUAUGCGUAAUAUUAAUAUUAGCAAAGAUUUUUAUUUAAAGAUCAAUGAUAGCGCUGAGUCACUCGCAGAACAUUUAGUAUAUCACCUUUUUUAUAUAUUGAUCAUUUUUGCCACACUUUUCUCGAACAAGGAUUUAGCUCAUCACAACAAAUAUCUUUACAUGUGUAAAAAGUGUGGAAAAAAAUAAAAAUUUUUAGA